AUGCCAUUCGCCGGCCUGCUUCGACGGGGAACAUCCUUCUUCAGCGCCGCCGCCACAAAGGUCGACACCAGCGACGAUGCUGGCAAGGUGACCAAGGACACGCUGUUCCCGCUCGUCACCUGCGAGCACGACAAGACGGACGCCGCCGCCGAGGAGUGCGACCACGACUGCGCGGCGUGUCCGCAGGUGGCGCCCGACGGCACGAGCGGGUAUGGGAAGGCGUUCGACAAGAUCGGCGUCGACCAUGACGAGGAGCUGUGGGGCGGCGUCAAGAAGUACUCGAGGCAUGUCAUUGUCGCGACGGGCGAGACGGACUGGAUCAGGGAUGUGGACGAGAUUCCGGGGAGCGUGAUGCGGGCGCUGAAGGAGAGGGUGAGGAAGGGGGCGGUUGAGGACAAGGACGGGAAACUCAUGGUCUCCGCAUCCAACAUGCCGCCCCCCGACCACCACCACCACCACCACCACCACCACCACCACGCAGACACCACCAAGCCCCAACCCACAUCCGUCAUCCUCCUCCCCUCCUGGACCCUCAUCGAGAACGUCACCCCCGCCACCACCCCCGAGCUCGUCUCCCGCUUCAUCAACCCCUCCCCCACCAACCUGGACCCCCUGGUCCCCAUCCCGUCCUCCCCCGCUCCCCCCUCCCCCGCCCUCUCCACCCUCUCCCCGCCCCUCGACGAACCCACCCGCCCCCGCUCCCCCCUCACCCUCCAGAUCCCCACCUCCACCAACCCCACCUUCUCCGCCGGCUCCCCCACCCGCGCCCCCGGAAGCCCGCUCAUGUCCCCCUCAACCCCCAUCGACACGUCCACCCUCCAGAACCUCUCCCUCUCCGACGUCCCCUACUCGUGCGACAGCACCGUCACGGCCUCCCACUACCCGCACGACACGCUCAUCCUCCUGUGCUCGCACAAGCGCCGCGACGCCCGCUGCGGCAUCAGCGCGCCCAUCCUGCGCAAGGAGUUUGAGCGGCACCUGCGGCCGCUGGGGCUGUGGCGCGAUAUGGCCGACAUGCGGCCCGGCGGCGUCAAGGUGCUGUUUAUUAACCAUGUGGGCGGGCACAAGUUUUCGGCGAAUGUGAUUGUGUAUCGCAAGGGCGGGGUGGAGAUGGAGGGGGGAGUGGGGGAGAAGGGCGUGGACGGGGAGGCGGGGAAGGGGAAGGGGGAGGUUGUGCAGGGGGUGUGGCUGGCGAAGGUGACGCCCAGGCAUGUUGAGGGGAUUGUGAGGUAUACGGUGAUGGAGGGGAAGGUGUGUGAUAGUGGGCUGAUUAGGGCGGGGUUUGAUAGGAGGACGGGGCUGAGUAGUUGGUAG